AUGUUCUCCGGCAACCGCAGCGGCGGCCAGGGCUACUGGGAGGGCGGCGGGGCCGCGGGCGUCGAGGGGCCGGCGGGGACGCCGCGUCCCGCGCCGCUCUUCAGCCCGGGCACCUACGAGCGCCUGGCGCUGCUGCUGGGCUCCGCGGGGCUGCUGGGCGUCGGCAACAACCUGCUGGUGCUCGUCCUCUACUGCAAGUGCCAGCGGCUGCGCGCUCCCACCCACCUCCUGCUGGUCAGCAUCAGCCUCAGCGACCUGCUGGCGUCCGUCUUCGGGGUCCCCUUUACCUUCGUGUCCUGCCUGAGGAACGGCUGGGUGUGGGACGCCGCGGGCUGCGCGUGGGACGGGUUCAGCAGCAGCCUCUUCGGGAUUGUUUCCAUUGCCACCCUAACCGUGCUGGCCUAUGAACGGUAUAUUCGCGUGGUCCAUGCCAGAGUGAUCAAUUUUUCCUGGGCCUGGAGGGCCAUCACCUACAUCUGGCUCUAUUCACUGGCGUGGGCAGGAGCACCUCUCCUGGGCUGGAACAGGUACAUCCUGGACAUACACGGCCUAGGCUGCACAGUGGACUGGAAAUCCAAGAAUGCCAAUGAUUCCUCCUUUGUGCUCUUCUUGUUUCUCGGCUGCCUGGUGGUGCCCGUGGGCGUCAUAGCCCAUUGCUACGGCCAUAUUCUGUAUUCCGUUCGAAUGCUUCGUUGUGUUGAAGAUCUUCAGACAACUCAAGUGAUCAAGAUUUUAAGAUAUGAAAAGAAAGUGGCCAAAAUGUGCUUUUUUAUGAUAUUCACCUUUCUGGUCUGUUGGAUGCCUUAUAUUGUGAUCUGUUUCUUGGUGGUUAAUGGUUCUGGACAUCUGGUAACUCCAACAAUAUCUAUUGUUUCGUAUUUCUUUGCUAAAUCGAGCACUGUAUACAAUCCAGUUAUUUAUAUCUUCAUGAUCAGAAAGUUUCGAAGAUCUCUUUUACAGCUUCUGUGUUUCCGACUGCUGAGAUGCCAGCGGCCUGCUAAAGACCUACCAGCAGAGGGGAGUGAAAUGCAGAUCAGACCCAUUGUGAUGUCACAGAAAGAUGGGGACAGGCCAAAGAAAAAAGUGACAUUUAACUCUUCUUCCAUCAUUUUUAUCAUCACCAGUGAUGAAUCGCUAUCAGUUGAGGACGGUAACAAAACCAGUGGGUCCAAGCUUGAUGUAAUCCAAGUUCGUCCUUUAUCGUAAUGAGUUAUAGUAAUGAAAGAUGGAGCCUUAAAUUGGACACCGCUUUUGGACUUCCAUGAUAAGGACUGUUCUGAAAUCCCCAUUCUGUGUAUAUCAACAGAACUUUUAUGACCCAGCAGGAAGUCUGAAAUGACCAUAUGCUCUCUGGCAUCAGGAAACCAUUGAGCAAGACGAAUUCUUUUAAUUUAACAGGUGCUUUACAUAAUGAAAAACUAUUUGUGGCACAAGGUGGACAUCUGACAACAUCAUCUUCUAACAUGUUGGGAAUGUUCAUUUCAAAUAUAUUUUUUAAAUGACUAUAUUUUCCAAGGCACAUAAUACAUUUUUCUUAAAAAUAUUGUGUUGUAAAAAUAAACUUGCCUCAUGCACAUGAGUGAAAUAGCUAGAAAAUCUUGAAUUGUCUGUAGUAUUGGAUACUAUUCAGUGUCGUGCCAUAUGUUUGACCAAAUCAAAUUUAUCAAGGAGAUAAUACUAGGAUAAAAAAGAAAAAUCAAUCCCCUAACUUUAUUUAAACAAAAGACUUGUUAUAUGUCUAUUAUGAUAAAGAGGAGCUUCAUAUUAACAUGCUACUGAGCAAGCUCUAGAAGACACUACUAAGAAGCAUCAUAGCAAAGAGAAUAGAGUGAUUAAUUUCAAGGUAAUUAUGGUAUAUAGUUAAUUAUACAAUAGUGAGGAUGUACAUGAAGAUGAUGUUGACGGUCGAUCGGUAUCUCCAUAUAUUUCAUUUCAAACAUAACCAUGGGAGGAUUAUCCUUCCCUUUUAAUAAUUUCCCACAGUUUGGCCAAGGGUUCUGGAUUGAGAAAAGGAGUUCCAAGUAAACUUACAUUUGAAGGGGCAUGAAAUGAGUGUAGAAGUAUAUUCAUAAAAUGUAUUAAUUAAUCUUCAUGCUCAUCAAUCAGCCCACUGGAUAAUUGAUCAUCAGUGUUAGUGAAGAAGCCAUUUUUCCAUGCAUCAUUGUUUAGUCUUGUAGGAGACCAGAAUAUGCUACCCCCAAAUAUGCCCCUUUGGCAUAAAGAUAAUUUUGAGCUGAAGGCAACUGAGAAGAAGCAGAUACAAGAAAACUCUGUGCCCUUCCCCCAUUUGCCUGAAAGCAGGACAUGAAUUUACAGAACUGUCCUGCUCCCUUUUCUACCGGGAAGGACAAGGUUGAUCACCAGAGACAACUGUAGACUUUUGUCAUUCUGGAGACUGCACCAGAGCAAUCUACGUAACACACUCCCAUUUACUUGCCUUCCUAGAAUUUGCUGCCACUAGAGCCUCAAAGGCUUUUUCCUAUGUCUUAUCAUUUCCCUAAAAAUUCACUCCUCUUGGUGGAAGAUGCCAGGAAGUUCUAUGCUUGCCCUUUGAGCAUUACUCAUUUCCUGGAUAUCUCCCUUGUAAUAUAUACACAUUAAAAGCUUUUGUUCAUUUUUCUUUUCUUAAUGUCUUUCAUUAUAGGGGCCCCAGCCAAUGAACCUAAGAUGGGUAAAAGGAAAAGAAUUUUUUUUCCUCCCCUACAAACUAAACAUGAGUUAUUAAACUCAAGGAUUUCUUUGACAAUAUAGAAAAGAAACACUGAAUAUUUUAUUUUAUUGCUUAAUUUUUAUUUCUUAGAGGAACCUCCUCCUAGUUUUGCAUCUUCAUAAUUGAUCGUGUUCGAAGGAUUUCUAAAUGACUCAGUCAGCCUAUUGAAGAAGGAAAAACCAAAGAAAAUGUUUUCAGUAAAUGUACUUAUAAAAAUCAAGUUUAUUGCUGGUUCUGCCAGAGUAUGUUGUUCAAGAGUGAGUCACUACAUUGUUUCUGAGGGUGUGAAAUCGAAUAAAAUAUGACUCAUAUUUCUAUAAAA